AUGGACCAGCUCGAAGAUAGCUCUGACACGGUGGAGAGCUCCUCCAGUAAGCGUGGGACCUCAAAAAAGCGCAAAUUGGAUGGAACAGUGGUCACUGCGUCUGAGGAAACGGUCAGUACUGCUACCGGCGCCUUCAGGGUGCUGUAUUUGGCAAUUUGCGGUAGUAUCAGGCAGCUGGAGUUUUUAACAAUGGACCCGGAAAAGACACAAGGGUUUGCGGUGGAGCACAUGAAGAGUACUCUGCAAAUCUCUCCGCAGGAUGCGGCUCAUGUAUUGGGGAGCUCUUUCUACCUUACGAAUCGUAUCAUACAGACACCUCAAAAACGUUCGCACCAGAAAAGAGUACUUACAGUGGGACUUCAGAAGCCAUUAGCAGACACUGGCUAUAGGUCUUGCAUGCUCCCCGUGGUUGCCCUCUGGAACCGACGAUCCCUUUUAGGACAGCACUCAUCCACUUCAAGCAAUAGUGCAUUCAUGGCUUCUUGUAUGCUGCCCGUUCUCCAGCUCCUGCAUACAUGCCGUCAACGUCCGGCACCCGGGGAGGAAAUGGCAGAAGUGAUCAGAUGUUUAGAAGGGUUGCUUAUCGAUUUUAUUGUACUGCCGCUUCGCAGCUCUUUCCAGGACCUGGAGCCUCCAACUGAGCUUGAGAAAGAGCUCGAGAGCCCGUUUCUUCGGGCAGAUUGGAAGACUGAUAAGCACCUUGCACUCAUGAUAUUAUCGCUUCUGUUCGAUAUUGCAAUCAGAUGCCGCCCUCGAGAUACUCCCAAACUACGCAGGCUUGAGAAUCCGUGGCUAGAACAGCUUUUCAUCAACCUCGCAAAGUGCGCUGAAACCCUUUUUCCCCCUUUCUCAUCAUUCAGAGCGCAGAAAGACCAUAUCCGGGUGAUCAAGUGGAUGUUGCGCAAAGCUGUGGAUCAUCAGGUGCAAUUGAGCCCUUCCACUAUUGAGGCAAUUCUGGAUCAAGCUUCAGGCCUAUUCCAGAAUACUGAUGACAGUCACACCGAGACUCGCGUUGAUGUUGAGGAUGAUAGUCAAAUCGAAUGGGGCCUCGUUAGCUUGUGCAUACUCAACGACUCAAACACCUUUGUAGUUCCGUCUUCUUCAGCUAGUGACAACGGGACGUAUGCAUACCGACCCCCUAACAAAUAUCUAUCUGCUUUACUUCGAAAUAUCACUGACGAAAUGUGCUACGGAUCGUUGGAAGAGGACAAGAACUACGAUUUCAAGCUUCUACAUGUCAUGAAACCGCUCUGCAGCGCCUUCACAGAUGCGCGGGACUUGACUGGAUUUCUAGAGCAUUGGAGGGAGCAGCUUAGCAUAGUUCAAGGCCGACAAGAAUCCAAGCGGAACUACUUCGAGCUUAUUCCCAGUAUCUGGGAAGAUGAAAGACUACUCCUGCACGUUGCACAAGUGGUAGAAUCAUCGCUCACUGCAGGCCAAGUUGAUCGAGUCCUAUCAACAGCUACUCGUGAUCUAGCGCCUUCUAUCCCGAAUGUACUCAGUGACAAUUCGAUGUCUCUGGCGAGCCUAGUAAUACUCGACUGCGUAUGUACCGGAUUAUUCAAGGACGAAACAUUGGUCAAGCUUGACUCGAUAGCCCUGUCAGUGUUCAGCUUGCUAGGGCUACUGGUCUCUAGACCCCCAAAAGUAUCUUCGCCCCAUUAUUGGAGAGUCUGGAGGAUCAAGGCGACAAUCACAGAUCGAUGGUCAUCGUUGCGCGACUCUUCAGUAUUCAAACGCAAAGCCCAUCCCGCGAUAUGUAUGGCCUCUGAACUGAUCAAACACAUCUCCUCAGAACUAACGCUCCGCGACAACGUCGAUCUAACGGAAGAGCUGUAUGCUGUCAGGUUCAUGCUCAAGUUUGCAGCGAUGGAAAACUCUUUCUGGGAGGACCUGCAAUUUUCAUCGCGUCGAAAGAUCGUAUUAGCCGUGACGAAGCUCUUAGACAUUAUGGAGCCUUUUUGCCAUCGCAUAAGUCAUGAUCACUUUGGGACUAUGAUGCAUUCUGACGCCAAUUCUCAAAGCGAGAAAUCCCCAUCAAAGAUCAGUCCUGUGGACAAAUUUUACUUCGACUGUAUUGAAGAGAUCAUCGAGUCGCCAGAAGUUCUCAGUCAUCUCGAUGGGGGCACCCAAAACCGCCUCGUGCAGCAGCUUUACUGGGCAUCAGUCUUCCAGCAAAGGUUCUUGGGUGCCGCGAAAGGUCCAUUUAUCGAUUACUCUUCUUGCUGGAAAAAGCUAUUACGGUGUGAUGCAUUAGCUGAGAUUGGAUCUGUAACGAGUUGUCUACGAAAUUUUCAGGUUGACCGCUACCUGAACACAUCAGAUUUUGGGGAACCCAAAUAUUGGGACAUUGGAGCCGCGGACUACGUAAUAGCCCUUCGAAGCAUUCAAGUAACUCCUACCAACGCUUUCGAUCGAGGACAGAGGACCAAAUUGGCAAAUCGUGUCCUUCGCAUACUCCUGGUUGCAAACAUGUCGAAACUCGCGAGGACCACAGAUCACCUGAUUUUACUGACCAAGCUCAUCCAAAUGCCCAACAAAUCAAUUAACAUACUCACCAAUGAGAACGAAAUGCCAAACAAGGGCUCUGGAAAGCUUAAUGAUGAGAUGGCUCUGAUUAGUCUUGCGCGAGGGAUUGAUAGCGUUGUAGGGUGGUCAGAGGAUAACGUGCACAGUGUAAAGGCUUUGAGACAGCUUACACAUUCAGUGAUGAGGCAUGAUCCCGAGAAUAUUGCCCUUGGUUAG